GUCACCGGCGGGAGAGAAGGCACCGAUCCAUAGAGGCACUGCGCAGUGGCGCACAGAGCAGAGCGCUGCGCAGCUGUCAGCAACAAGGAGCGACGCUCCGGCGCGCAGAUCUCCUCCCGAAAAAACAUCCAGCUCCUCUUACUAUAUCUUCUUUCUUUCAAGCAAAAUGUCUUUUAUUUAGAUCGUUCCCGUUUCGGCGCAGCCGCUUCCUUAGGCGUUUUUUUCCCUCCUUUAUUAUUUUUUCUUCUCUCUCUUUUCCUACACUGACUGACCCAAGACUAAAACCUGAAGUGCAGCUGGCGAGAAUAUGUGUGUGAGGAGUUCGGCGGAGGGCACGGACUGUCUUUGGUCCCCCGAGAAGAAGCAGCGAGGAUUAAACACGAGUUAAUGUGGAAUUUAUCGGGGCCCAAAGGUGGAACGACGACCGGUCACAGCGUUUCCUCGUCAGGGACUGACUGAUCAUGGUCGCCGUGGUCCGCACUCUCAUGGUACUGCUGCUCGCUCAGGUGUUGCUGGAAGGUGCUGCGGGACUUAUCCCCGAGGUCGGCAGGAGGAAAUACAGCGAAUCCGGGAAGCAGACCCCUGAGCAGUCGGAGAGCUUCCUCAACGAGUUUGAGCUUCGGCUACUGAAUAUGUUUGGACUGAAGCGCAGGCCGACCCCGAGCAAGCAAGCCGUGGUGCCGCAGUACAUGGUGGACCUUUACCGCAUGCACUCAGCGAACGGGGACCGCGGCGCGAGACGACCCAGGAGCAUGGGGAAGCACGCAGAGAGAGCAGCCAGCAAGGCCAACACGAUUAGGAGCUUUCACCACGAAGAGUCUCUGGAGGCCCUGGCGAGCCUGAAAGGCAAGACCACCCAGCAGUUCUAUUUCAACCUCACUUCUAUCCCUGAAGAGGAACUCAUCACCUCUGCAGAGCUCCGUAUCUACAGGGACCAGGUCACAGUUGCUGUAAACCCAGAUAACAGCUCCAGAAACGCCAACACGAGUGACAGCACUCUCGCCGGUGGCUUUCACCGUAUCAACGUUUAUGAGAUAUUCGGAGUUCCCGCUGCACAAGGCGGGGAACCUCUGGCACGUCUGCUGGACACUCGGUUAGUGCAAGACACUUUCAGCCGCUGGGAGAGCUUUGACGUCAGCCCCGCUGUGUCUCAGUGGACGUCAGGGAAAGGCCACAACCACGGCUUCAUGGUGGAGAUGUUUCACCCAGAGGAGGGGGGGACUGAUGGAGAGCACACUCAGGCACGUAGCAGGCAUGUCAGGGUGAGCCGGUCCUUGCACCAGGACCAGGACUCGUGGGUUCAGGCUCGGCCGCUGCUAGUAACGUACGGCCACGACGGCCACGGUGACUCUGUCCUCCAUACGCGGGAAAAACGCCAGGCUGCGCUCCGCAAACAACGCAGAAAACACCAGCACAAAGCCAGCUGCAGGAGGCAUGCCCUCUACGUGGACUUCAGCGACGUGGGGUGGAACGAGUGGAUAGUGGCGCCCCCUGGCUAUCACGCCUUUUACUGCCACGGGGAGUGCCCGUUCCCCCUGGCAGACCACCUGAACUCUACCAACCAUGCCAUUGUGCAAACGCUGGUCAACUCAGUUAACUCGAACAUUCCCAGAGCCUGCUGUGUGCCCACCGAACUCAGUCCCAUCUCGCUGCUCUACCUGGACGAGUAUGAGAAGGUCAUCCUGAAGAACUACCAGGACAUGGUGGUGGAGGGGUGUGGCUGCCGGUGAGAAAACGAAAGUGACUAUAAAGAUGGCGAAAGUGACUGAAAGAUACUUUAGAGGUUAUUAUGGACACCCGGUUUCCCAAUGAAGAUGUUUAUUUAUAUGAAAGACAAACAGAGCUAUUGUGGAAGACUUUUUUAAACUAUAUAUAUAAAAAUAUAU